AUGUCAGAAGAAGAGUUGAAUAGUAAGCGUGGCUUGUCUAAUGAGGAGGAUAAAGAGGAUGACUUAGGAUUGGGCUUGGACUCUGAUUCUGAUACAAGUCUAAAAUCUGGUCAAGACAAUGAUGGCUCCGAUAACAAUAGUGAGGAUGAAAGCGAAGAAGAAAAAGAACUCAAAACGUUCGACUUGUCUGUUCCUAGGCAUGCUAUCACUUCCAAGCCUGAAGAUGAUGUGUACCAUUUGAAGAUGCCCUUGUUUGUUAACGUCGAUGCACAUCCAUUCGACCCUGUCGAUUUCAAAGAAAACAUUGAAUUAAAUGCAAGAAACCGUGACAUUAAUAUCAAGGAUUCUAAGUUGAAAAAGAACGAUUUGAUUAGGGAAAAGUUGACCAAUGAAAAUACUAUCAGAUGGAAGUAUUCUAAUGAAAAUGAUGAAAUUAUUAAACAAUCUAAUUGUCAUUUUGUUGAAUGGGAUGAUGGCUCAUUGUCUUUGAAGAUUGGUAAUGAAAUGUUUGACUUCAAAUCCUUACCAUUGUAUGAUAAUAUAUUGGUCAGGAGUCAUGAUGAUUUGGAGAUUUUACAGGCUAGCACUAUCCUCACAAAGACUUCAAACUUACUACCUACUUCCACUGGAACUUCCACCCAUAAGCAGUUAGCAAACGCCAUCAAAUUUUUACAACAGAAGGAUAAAAUUUUAAAUACCAUCACUGACUCCGACCCCUUGGAAGUUCAACGAAAUGCUGAUGAAAAUGAGCGUAAAGCUUUGAAGAUGAAGAGACAAUUAGAGUUGAAAAGGAGAUUACAAGAAGAGAGGUUAGGAAGAGCAAGUCCUUCUUUGGAAAAGGAAUCAUAUGAAGAACCAAGUUACGAAAGGUUCAAUAGAACGUAUAAUGAUGAAUAUGAUGAUGAAGAUGAUUUCAUUGAUAACGAUGAAGAUGAUGAAGAAAUUGAAGAAAAUGAGGAGGAUGAAUUAGAUCAAGCUGCUGAAAGAUUAAGACAAGUCAAAGAAGCUGGAAAAUCAAAAUACGAAAAGGCUGGUGAAGCUGAAGAUGUAAAUGAGUUGAGGAGGAAAAGAAGAAGAAUCAUUGACUCUGACGAAGAGGAGUAG